AUGAACGAUCUGUUCUCAACCAGGUCCUUCAGGAGGGCCGGCGGCGGCGACGUCGAGAUGUCACCGGCCGCGGCCGACGGCGGCGGCGCCGACCUGGAGAAGUUCCUCAAGGACGUCGACGGCAUCAAGGAGGAGCUCAAGGAGGUCGAGCGCUUGCAGAAAGCCCUCCGGGAAGCCAACGAGGCCAGCAAGACCCUCCACGACGCCGCCGCCGUGCGCUCCCUCCGCCACCAGAUGGACAACGACGUCUCCCUCGCCCUGAAGAAGGCGAAGCUCAUCAAGCUCCGCCUCGAAGCCCUCGACCGCGCCAACGCCGCCAACCGCACCAUCCCCGGCUGCGGCCCGGGCACCUCCACGGACCGCACACGCACCUCCGUCGUCGCCGCCGUCCGCAAGAAGCUCAAGGACUCCAUGGAAAGCUUCUCUGCCCUCCGGCAGCAGGUGGCGGCGGAGUACCGGGAGACAGUGGCGCGGCGGUACUACACCGUCACCGGAGAGAACGCCGACGAGCCCACCUUGGACGCGCUGAUCUCGACCGGGGACGGGGAGAGGAUGGUGCAGCGGGCGAUCCAGGAAGGAGGAAGAGGGGAGGUGAUGGCGGUGGUGACGGAGAUAAAGGAGCGGCAUGGGGCGGUGGUGGAGCUCGAGAGGAGCCUCGGGGAGCUGCAUCAGGUGUUCUUGGACAUGGCGGUGCUGGUGGCGGCGCAGGGGGAGCAGCUCAACGACAUCGAGAGCCAUGUGGCCAGGGCGAGCUCCUUCGUCAGGGGGGGAACCCAGCAGCUGGUCACGGCGAGGACCCACCAGAAGAACACCCGCAAGUGGACCUGCUUCGCCAUUGUCCUCCUCCUGGUCAUCAUCCUCGUAAUCGUCCUCCCCAUCGUCAUCCCCAGGAACAAGUGA